ACAUCCUCAUCCUCUGAGCAUCUUUCUCUGCUUUCCUACCAUCCUUACCCGAAAUAUCACAGUCCGAUGACAGGAAAUCUGGACAAACGGCAGCUAAAUUCUUUGCUUUGGGUUCGGGUAUCUUUACGAGUCGGGUUCGGAUUUCGGCUCAACGUGAGGCUGCUUCCUUGAUGAGGAGGAGAGGACGUAACAGUCUGCGCGUUCACACAAAAAGAACACAGUUAUCCCGAGCAGAUCCCGAUCUGAACCUCCUGCUUUUAAGAGGGUUUCUUCAGUUAAUGCAACGUAGACGCGUUUUUUCCCUCGGUUAACGUGAAGAGAACCAGAGAAACCUGCACAGAUACAACAUGAAGGUUUGUGACUGCCUUCUUGGUGCCAUGAGAGAAAAAACCUUUCCAAUGGACAUACCGGCAGAUACUCUUCACCGAUGAACAUUUAUGCCAUCAAUCCAUUCACCAAUCAUUUGGAAAUCAUCAACAUAAAAAACAUAUAUUUGACUUCCUGAACUGUGUUAAAAAUGGAGAACCUCAAUGCUUCUGCUGCCACUUGGCACAUCGACAGGUCAGGAUAAGAGGAUUUUCAGAGAAGAAUCUUUUACCGUCAGAACGUCUUCUGCACAAUAUGUUAGUGAAAAUGAGAGACUCAAAGUUUAUGCUGAAGACAGAGAACUGAGUAUCAACAAUCCACAUGAGUUCAUAAGUGAUUUAGCAGCAGCUGAUAUCACCUGCAGAAACAAUAGAAUGAUGGCACUCAUAUAGCCGCGCCACGCCAGCGUUGCCGUGGCUGGUCGUCACAGGACGGCCACUUCUGUCUGCCAUGACCCGGCUGAUGUUGGGCCGGACUCUGGAGCGCAUCUGCAAAGGCGUCCUGCUGCUCUGCCUGCUCCACUUCCUCAUCAUGAUGAUCCUGUACUUCGACGUCUACACGCAGCGGUUCGACCUUUUCAGCCGUUUCAACAACGGCAGAAAUGGGUCCAGAAAUAACGGGAGCGGAACGGGCAGCGGACAUCAUUAUUACUACUACAACCUUUCAAGACCAAAUGCAACAUCAGCCACCUACCUGGCUGGUGCUGAACAGCUGGUCCCGAGCUUGCAGCCUGAGAACAAUCAGACACCUUCUCCCAAACCGCUGCCACCGUGUCCGGAGAAUCCACCAGGCCUUGUGGGGCGCUUGCUGAUAGAGUUCAGUUCCCAGAUGACAAUGGAAAGACUGCAGAAGGAAAACCCAAACGUUACAGAGGGAGGCCGAUACAAGCCGCCUGACUGCCGGCCGCGAUGGAAGGUUGCCAUCAUUAUCCCAUUCCGUCACAGAGAAAAUCACCUGAAGUACUGGCUCCACUAUCUCCACCCUAUUCUCAGACGGCAGAAGAUUGACUACGGCAUCUACAUCAUCAACCAGCUGGGUGAAGACACAUUCAAUCGAGCAAAGUUGCUGAAUGUUGGCUACACAGAGGCUCUAAAGGACGCCGAGUAUGACUGUUUCAUCUUCAGUGACGUGGAUCUGAUCCCUAUGGACGACCGGAACCUGUAUCACUGUUAUGACCAGCCCAGGCACUUUGCCAUCGCAAUGGACAAGUUUGGCUUCAGAUUGCCCUAUGCUGGCUACUUUGGAGGAGUUUCGGGGCUCAGUAAAAAGCAGUUUCUAAAAAUCAAUGGCUUUCCAAACGAGUACUGGGGCUGGGGAGGAGAAGAUGACGACAUCUACAACCGGAUCACUCUCAACGGGAUGAAGGUGUCCAGGCCAGACGUUCGCAUCGGCCGCUACAGAAUGAUUAAGCAUGAGAGGGACAAACACAACGAGCCAAACCCACAGAGAUUCAACAAAAUACAAAACACAAAGAACACAAUGAAGAAGGAUGGCAUCAGCUCCUUGACCUACAAACUGGUUCAGGUGAAGAAGUAUCCUAUGUACACAAACAUCUCAGUGGAGAUCGGCAAGCCGCCGCCUCGGCCCAUCAAAGGCUAGAGAGAAUGAAAGAGAGAAGGAUCUGAAGUUGAUGCACUUUUACUCGGGCGGGAGAGAAGAAAGGAAGGUGUGGAGAAGAGAAGGAUGAUGUGACUUUCUCCUUUUUCCCCUGUUUACUUGUUUGAGAUUUCAGCUUGACAAUUUUUACUGGAUUUCACUAGGGAUGCCAGCUGCCACCCGGUAACUGUCAGUGACGUUAAAAACCUUUGGAAACGAAGCGGGAAUGUCGGCAACUGACAGAAGGUCGUUGUCAAACUCAAGAGUCGUUCCAUGAACUAUCAUCUGCAAACUGGAGGGCAUCCAGCAACAUAUUGGCAGGAACACCAGACAUGGCUAUUAUAAAACACCUUGCCCUGUUCUGGAAAUGCACACACAAUAACUCGGUGACAUUUCAAAACAAACUUCUGUUCACCACAAUGCUUGACAACAUGAACAGGAUACAACUUCCAGUUGGGAAAUGCAUGAAAUUACCAAACAUUUGCAGUGACGUUUUGCAGGUAUCAGAUUAUCACAGGAACAUGACUAUUCAGAGGUUCAGAUGGUUUUUGUUGUCCCCAAGACAUCAUUUUGUCUUGACACAGAACUGUUUCAUUCAUGUUGACAUUUACUUCUGGGAGUUUUCAGUCUGAAUCUCCAAACUCAAACCUUCUGCUAUACGUCUAUGAAUGUUUAACGUGCCUGCAUCUACAGCAGAAGACUCAUGAAAACAGCAGCAAUGAAACACUGGGGUGGGAAAGAGGGGGCUCAUUUUUUCUCUCUUCUUUUAUACAUUUCUGAACUUCAAAACAGAACUGGAAUUUUGUAACAAAAAGACACAAUUAUUUGAAAAGUUUUCUUCAGUGUGCAGCCUGGUGGAAGUACGUCGAAACAUGGAAAAAAGACAAACCAACUGACAGGUCGGGUUAUGAGUUCCAGUUUUCCUUUUGCCUUUUAUUUUGUCGCCUUACUACAGUUUUAAUAGGCUAACCCAUUUUCUUAAGGUGCAAUAUGCUAUAAAGUUUCUUCAACAUUCUGAACUCAUCAAAUUUUGUCAAAAUAAACAUGAAACCCGAGCUGUCAGGUUGUGUUUUACAGUCAAGUAGCAUUGCGGCUAAAAACAUUGGCUUGCAAAUCUUUUACACUGACAGAACUAGCUGAAAACUAAGUCUUGUGGUUAUUUUUUAAGCUUCAGUAUAGCCAUGAAGUCUUUUUUAAAACAAAUAUCAUCAAAUUUGUAUAGUGUUUAUUAGCCACUUUUGUGUCUAUCUUUAGCAUUCAGUUGUUUAGAAAACAUAUCAAAAUGGAGUAAAUUGUUGAAAGGACAUUUAAAACUUCUCUGGUAAUAUACAAAGCAUUGCAAACAUACUCAUACUUCCCAUUUUUUCUUCAUAUUUUGUCACUAGCUUGAUGUAAAUUAUUAUUUUAUGUGAUAGACCAACACAGAGUUCAGCAUAUUUGUGAAGUGGAUUUUUGCAAAGAAAACUCUGAAAACUGUGGUGUGCAGUGGAAAAUCCCUUACUCUGACACCCACAAAAAAAAUAUUCUCCAGUGUUUAGAAGUAAUCAAAUUAUUAAUCACCUGAGUGCAGUGAAAACUGCAGACUGUAAAGGAGUCGAGUGGAGGUUGACCUUCCAAAUGACCCAAAAGACUUCCAGUUGGCCAAUUACAGUUAGACUCAACACUUAAGAUAAUGCAAUUCAUUAACCUUAACCCUAAGCCUGGGAAAAAAUUGUUGGUUUAUCACAUAAAAUCUCAAUAAAAAAAACAUAAAAUUUGUGGGUUCAACAUUAUUAAAACGUUCAAUGGGUUUGUGUACAUUUGCAAGCCACUGUUUAAACCAGCUGAGCAUUCUGUCUGUGACAUUUAUGAAUUUUGUUCCUACAUUCAGCGUCAGCCAUAAUAAUAACAUAUUCAUAUCUUGUUCUGCUUAAUCACAUCAGUGCAGUUUGUCCUGUAAAAAUGAUUUAGAACAUUUAGUAACAUAUGUUGAACAAUUUAAAAGAUAUACACAGUAUUUAAUUCGCUCUUCCACCAACACUUUAUAGCCUUGGACAGCUUUGUCUCUGUGACAUUGCUCUUCUUCCUUUUUGUUUUACAUUUUUCUCGCCUUUCUUGUUCGUCUAUUAAUGCCCACACCUCCAAACUAAUGCCUUGAGAAAUAAUCUGUACUAAUUCAAAGGUCAGACCUGGGAGAAGAAAGAGGUCUCUGAGAAAAUCUAAACUAAAGAGGUUGAAGUGAAUUCCCUUAACUGUUAUACUUUAGCGAAAAUGAUUUCACCUUUUUGGUCAGCCUUGAGGCAAAAUAGGUUUCAAUCUGCUUGGCUCCUCGCCUCAAGCCUGAAUGGUGGACGAUAUAAUUGCUCCUCUUUUCAGAACACACAAUCAGACACGCACACGCACACACAUAUAAAACACCCUCAUUCACACCAUCUGCCUUUUUUAUGUAUUAUCUCCCUUCUUGCUGCCUUUCCAUUCUUAUUCUGCCGGUCUGGGCUGUAUUGUAUUGGUGGCUCACUGUUGUGCUUUGUGAUGGACCCACUUCAGGCACAUCUGGGCCUCACAGGAAGAGUGCUUCUUCUUUUCAACAGAUAUCGACAGGAGCUCUCUUUGUCUGUAUCUUUAUUUUGUCUCUAAUCACUGCUUCUCAGCACACAUCCCCACUUGUGAGUCUUUCUAACCUCCACCUGUUUCCUCCUUCUCUCUUCACUGUCCAUUUGGCUCCCUCUUGCCUGGAGUAUGAUUCUCUCUUUUUCCAUUUGAUUAGCCGUAUUUCUGGUGCUUUUCUCUUUUCUGACUACAAGUGGUCAACGUGUUUCCUUAUUGAAACUGUUUACAGCAGUAUUACACAUCAGUUCACAUCUGUUGCAUGCUCUGCUUUAUAGUCAUUACUAAGGAUGGAAGGUCAUAGCAUUUUUAGGGGGUCAGUUUUUGUGGUUAUAAACGCUGAUAAUGAGAAAGUGCAGCAAUUACAUACUUUUUUUUCACAUGGUCUUAAAGGGGCACUACAGCAAAAGCAGAACGCUUUUAAAGUUUGGUGACUUCAAGAUCAUAUUAUCCAUAUUUUUAAAGCCCUAAAGUCUUAAAUCACAUGAUAAAUAUUAAGUGCAAUGACAUUUGGUGCAAUUUUAGUAUUGCAAGUUUUGGUCACAUGUAUAUAUGCGUAAUAACACAAAGAAAAUAAAAAAUAUGCAUAAUAAAACACCCCACAACUGGAUUAAAAAAACUACUCAAAUCAUCAAGAACUGGACUCAGAAUUGAUCUGCUUACUCAUCAAAGAGCCAUAAAAUUACAAAUUCAUCUAUCUUGUACAGCUGAACUGCAGUGGGCAGCAACAUGUGAGGACGGAGCUACAGCCAAAGAAAACUUAGGUCACUCUGCUAUUUUCUCUGCCAUCUCAUUGAAAAGAUUUGAAACUGUAGGAAUGGUGUGGAAAAUUUAGCAAUUUCAAAGUUUGAUAUAAUUUCAUUGCAAUAACUCAUCCAUGCCCAACUGGCUGCAAUCUUGAUUAAAGUUAUACUGUGUUUGCUUUGGAACUCAGCUCUGAGAUAGACAUCACAUCUGAGUUUGUUGGAGCUGCAAAUCAAGAAACCGGUGGGCCAAACUAAUUGUUAUGAUCAGUGCCUGGCCUACUAUUAGCAGUGCAAGGUGAAAACAUUUUAUCUUUAGUUUUACGUAUUUAAAUAUGUAAGCAAGUAGUUUUACAGCACUAUUUGUCCUACUGGUUUGUUCUGCUGCAAACAUUUUAUUCCUGUGUCUUUGACCCAGUUUUACACAUAUGGUGGCCAUAUUGGAUAUUGAACUAGGAGUUUCUCAGAGACCUACAAAUUCUGCAAUCAUUUUGUUGAGAUUUUGUAAGUUGGAACUUGACAAUUCCUGUUUCUGAGUACAAAUUCUGAUUAAUACAUUUGAUUUUUGGCAAACCCUAGUUAUACUCUUUCUUGUUGCAAGUUGAAAAAUCAGUCCGUUGCAAAACUUUUUGUGUAGUGACCAGGCCUCUGUUUUUAUGACUUCAAGCAUUUUCACAAAUUGAAGCUAUGCUAUUUUGGUUUAUUUACACACACACUAUGAAAAACCAUGGCAGAAAAAAAGAAACAAAAUAUUUCUUCACUAUGCCUGACAUAAAAUCAGACUGAACUUUUACAUUUUAAGUAAAUUAAGAUUACCAAAAUGUUACUGUUUGAGAAAUGCCAGAUUAAUGAGAUAGAAAAUAGUUACGGAAGCUUUUAUUUUCUUCAGAGUCUGAAGUUAAGUAUGUCUUUUGUGUUUUAUACUUUUAAACAGUAUGUCAAACAUAAGCUUCUGAAAGUAAUUUCCUGGCUUUUUGGCCCAAACUGAGAUGAGUUUGUUGGCUCUCUUUCUAAAACACACCAUUUCAGUUUGAUUUUCUAUGGGACAAGCAUCAGGGCUUUAAGAUCGCUGUUUCAAUACUGACUUUUGUCACACAUAAGUCGAUUUUUACUAAAUUAGCAGUAUGUCUGUGUUCCUUGUCCCUUUGGAAGAUUUGUGCCCAAACUCUAACUUCUUGGCUGUUGUGUGGAGAUGUCGCUUUACUAAUUUCUCAUUACAUUAUUUUCUCAUGAUGCCAUUGAUUUUGUGAAGUGCACCAGUCCCUCCUGGAGCAAAAAUUGAGAGGGUGCUCUCAGGCUUGCAAGUCUUUCUGUUUUUCAUCCAAAUUAUGUUUUUCAUCAUUUGGAUGAAAAGUGUCAAUUUUUAAUUAUUGUGAAUGCUGGACAUUUCCAUGCUAUUCAUACUUGGAUAUAAUUUUUUUUUUGAGCAGACAAUGCAUGGAUGAACAAAUCUUCUGGUAGUUCCACAAUCAUCUCCCUCAUGUUUCUGCUUAUUUUCUGAUGAUUUUGCUGUGGAAGCGCUGCUUUAAUUGUUGCCUUAAAUUACAUUCACAAAUGUGCCUCCAAUUUACUCAACUGUUGUGAAAUAUCCUUUUAGAAGAUUACAGAGUGAUUACAUCAACUGGGCUUCCCCCCAAAAAAAUAUUUUUUUAACGGAUGCUAACCUCAACCCCAGUAAACCUCUGACUUUGAAGAAAAUAUUAGAAAUAUUUCUCAAAGUAAUUAUCUCUCUUGUUAUCCUGGCAUUCAUUCAAAUGGUUUUCUUAAUUCUAACUCAGCACUCACAAGUUAAAAUGCAGCAGUCAUUUUGAAUAUGAACUUGGGAUCGCUCAUAGAUCUCCGCUUAUCAAGCUGGGAUUUUGAUUUUUAGAGCCAUGCCAUUUAUUUUAGGAUGUGCAUCUCAGAAAUUCCGACUUCUAAGGUAAAAGUCGAACGCAUUGUCACUCCAGUACUUCCUGCCUUUCAUCUCAUGGUAAAAAUAAUAAUAAUAAUAAUAAU